AUGGUUGAUAAUGCGCCGGCGAGCGCAGCCAACACGGACCAGCCAGGUCGUCCCUACUACGAAAGUCUGCGAAACACGCUCAAAAACACAUUAAUCAAGAAGCGACAACUCGACGAGCAAAUGCAAGCGCUUGAGGACAACAUUUACAAAAUGGAGAGCAGCUAUCUCGAGGAAACCAACGGUGCUGGCAAUAUUGUGCGCGGUUUUGACGGAUGGGUCAAGGGCGUCGUGGUUGGAGGAGACAAAAAGUCCGUCGACGACCGCAAGGCCAGAGUCAGAAUUCGCGACGAAGACCGCGUCUUUUCGCGGAGCUCCAUGUCCUGGAUCAGGGUAUGUCCGGCCCCUCUCUACGUGUCUUUAUUGCUGUCCAAACCACUGACACAUAGUUUGCAGGCCCAAGACUCGGACAUGCCCACCUCGGCCACCAAUACUCCCUCCCAUGCACCCACACCAGCCUCGUCGGUGCCUCCUCAAUUGACCUCGAGGGACAGCAACCAUGCAACUCCUAGCAGUACCGUCUCAAAGGCCAACAGCAAGAAAAAGAAAGCCGCCGACAAGGAGGAUGACGAAGAUAGCAAGCCGUCUAAAAGACUGAAGAUUACUUACGGCCGCGAAUAA